AUGUUAUCAAUUCAACCUUCUGCACCGGUAUUACCUCGUGUCAUUAAACUUUUUCAUCAUAGUCGUCGUCGUCGUCGUCAACAUCGAUCCUUUCAAAAUCAUCUGCGACGCCGUUCAUCGAAGACUAAAAAUCAGCCAAGCAUCACUAUUCGUUCAAGAAUUCGUCCAUUAUUAAAAGUUCAUCCCAAGAACGAUGAUAAGGUGUUGGGCUAUUAA